AUGGCCAAGAAAGAGGAGCAGGAGUCCCAGGAAGCUCCCGCGCUGGAGCGACGGAGGUGCCCAGCGCAGGCCACCGGGCCAACGGCGCCCAGGCGCGACGAGAUUGCCCAGGAUGAGCUGGCACAGUUUCGAGAAUGGCAAAAGCAGAGGGCAGAGGCAAAGGCCCACGCCGCGCCGACCUCGCCGCCAAAGAAGCAGAGGACCGAUGAUGAGGAAGACAUGGUUGAAUUUGAGGUGAAGCUCGUGGACCUUGACAUCAACUUUGCAGACCUGGACCCAGAACUGCAGAACAAGCUCCGGAGCAGCAAGAGCUCCCGCCGAGAUUUUCUGGCUAUUCACACAACAGACAGACUUUAUAAUCCUACAGAUGGCACAUGGUCGGAGCAGCCUACCACGAAGAAGAGAGAUUUUGGAAGCAUUACUGAAAGAGCCAUGCCAAACUUGACGGCAGAGGACAACGUGCAGCAGGCCAUGCUGCAGUACCACCAGAAGAGCAUCCUUCCAUCCCUGGACCAGUUGCAGAUGUGCUGCGAUCAAUUUUACAAGAUGGCACAACAUGAGUUUGCGAUGACACAGUACACCCUGGACAGACAUUCCAGCCAACUGCAGGUGCUGGAGCGUUCCAAGGCCAACAAAACCACACUUUUGCUGGAUUUACCGCCAAUUUUCAACAAGAAGACUCUGGACGCAAAUGUUGGGUAUUAUCUGCAAGCCGCUGGCCUCCAAUGGGACCAGGUGGCGGCAAUGCACAAUCACAUGGUUUCCUCCGCCUCUUCACUUGUUCGCCUGGAAUUUCUCACUGAACAGCAAGCUGCCCAGUUUAGGGACCAGAUGAGACAAGGUCGCCGUUACUGGCGCGACCCCCAGCAGCAAGACCACAAGAUCAGGAUUGAGCAGGAUCAGCCCUUGGAAGACAGAUUGGCUAUGCAACCGUAUUAUGCUUUACUUGACGUCCUCGCCAAGCUCUAUGUGGAAGAAACUGGAGAAGACACGCAUGCCUCCCUACAGACCUGGAGGCAGACGCUGCAGAUCUGGUUGCAGAAAUUUUUCUUUCGCCGGGUCGUCCCAUGGACUUCGGCGACGCCCUCGCCGCCGGUUCUUCAGGCCGUUCCGAGGUCCGCAUUGCAAGCUUUGGAAGAGUCCCUUGCUCGUGCCUGGGUGAACCAGAUUGCUCGUGCUGUGGGCGAUGAGCGCUCACGUACUGCCGUGGCAUCUCCUGCCCUGCCUUGGGAGAGAGGAGUCUUCAGAGCCAUCUUUGGGGAUGAGGGCUUAACUAAUCCCUUUGAUAACCUUGUGCUUAAGAUGCCUGGCCCCUUAGUCCCAGCACAUGUGCCGCCGGCGGAGCCAAAGAUCCCUGAGCUUCCCAUACCUUCAGCUGACAUCGCGAGCAGGGCAUUCAAAUCCUUCAAGGAUGUACAUCCGAGCGACGAGCGUGAUAUGGUCAUGGACCGAGCGGUGUGCAAACUGCAGCACAUCAUUUGCCGCACCGAUGUUGACCGUUUGUCACCUGAACUUGCACAAGCAGCCUCUUCCAAAGAUGCAACAGACGAAGUGUUUGGCAUCGUGUCAGCUUGUGUAGGUCUUCGUAGUCCUCACACGGUUGUGAAGCGCGCCAACGCGCAGCUCCGACCCGUGCCCCGUGCAGCCUCCCUCAUUUCAGCUUUGCGCUUUGCGAACUUCGUUCUGGGGCUGAGUGUGUCCGAGGUUCUUGCGAGCCGUAGGAUUCUGGGCCUCAGUGCCCAGCUGGGUGUCAAAAAGAAAGCGACCAACCGAGCCCGGCCUCUCAAGGUGUCAGAGGUUCGCUUCAUGCAUGGCGUGCUAGAGGACGAGAGUGCACCAAUCUGGGACCGAGCCAUCUGUGCCUACCUUCUUCUUGCACUCUACGCAAGAGCCAGACACAGCGAUUUGGUUCUUGUAGAAGAAGUGAUAGCAGACUUUGAUCGCCAGUGCAGCGGAUACCUAGAGAUCCGCCUCAGAUUCCAUAAGACGGCACAAACCAUUGCAAAGAAAAAUGAUUUGUUGCCGGUUAUAGUUUCAAGCAAGGGCAUCGUGAAAGGCGACUGGCUGGGGUUGGCUACUGAUGUAUUUGAGCGCGUGGGCCUCACCUUGGAUGGGACUGUCGGAUCGUUCCACCCAGAUGCUGCCCGAGCCUUGUACUUUACAGAUCCCCCAGCGCCAACUGUGGUGCCACAAGCGCCCGAGCUCAGGGCGGCUGUCAAGGCGAAGGUUGAAAUCAUCAAUGAUUCAGCGUCCGAGCGGGCUGAGUCCGAGGGGCAGCACUCUUCAAGUGGCAGCGAAAGCAGCGAUUCCGAGUCACAAGACGACUCCGACUCGUCGUCCGAGUCAAUUGCGCCGAUCAAAGCGCCCCGCCUGGAAAUCGAGCAGUGGGAUGCCGCUGACUGUGCGGCCAAUUCCAGGACCAGGACCCUUCACCUCUUGAAAUUUGUGUCUGGAGGUGGAAAUCUAAUCGCCACGUGCGGAAGGACCUCAGAGGUCAUGGUUCAAGCGGCGCAAGCACAUAUGAGUUUCCGGAGGUACCUCGGAGUUUUGACGUGCACAGUGGACUGUCCGAAGCUCCUUUUGCUCGCCAUGUCCUCGUUAAUCGAUAGCGGUGCACACUUUAAAAGGCGUGCGGAUGAGGUCGGCCUCAGCAGUGCCGGGUGGACGAUCCUUCAGGCCCUUGGCAUUACCUCUGUAGGUAAGGCGGCGUACACCAUCACGUCGCCAGGUGAGCCAGUCACGGAACCCAUAUUCCGAGAUUGGGUUGCCGACAAUGCUGCAGGUAUGACUCUGGGUGAUCAGUCAUGCUUGAAAAGGCUCGUGUUCGAGUCCCAGACUCUGGUCGUUGCUGAGUUGCGCGACCAAGUAUCCGGGUCUCAAUCAUCUGCCCCUCGUCGUGUUCCCGAGGCUGAGCGCGACCGAAGACUGAACGAUCUUAGGGCGGCCCUCCCAGGCAUCACGCUGGAGGGCGUGAACAUGCCAAGCAAUGCCCUGUUGGAUUCAUGUUGUCAGCAAGAGCGAGACAACUUGCUUAAGUACAUCCCGCCUGAGAAGGCCACGAGCCGCACCCAUGAACUCACGAAUCCCAGACCGACCCAUCAGGCGCUGCAGGUCGAAGCAUCCAAGAUAGUUCUCAAGAGUGACGCUGAUGCCGUUGAGUAUCAACCGGUCAAUGCGCUCCAGACCAUGGAGGCCCUUCGGCGACGAGGUUUGGCCAUGGUGUUUGCACAGAUGAUUUCAUAUGAUGCCUACGAUCGGUAUGUGAAUCAUCUCUUUAACCACCUGUCCCGAGACCCGCCGCCAGGGCUCAAUCGCGUGAAUGUGACACAAUUGGUUAACGCUGACAAGCAGGUGUUUGCACUGCUGGCCGAAUGGGGUGUCAAACCAAGGAGGGAUACCGCAGGCGAGUAUCCCCUUGACCGAGAGAUGCACCGCGCUUUGGAAUCCUACGAGGUGUCCAUUGCCCUCAUGCACCAGGCCGGUGGCCUUUGGAUCGAGGGAGCUGGUGAGGAGGUUUGUCCUGACCCAGGGCAUCCCGAUGCCAAGGGCCAUGUUCUGCAACUGCAUGAGCCGAUCCAGUUCGAUGCGCACCGGCUGCAUGCGACAUGCCCGUGGACAGGAAAUCGCACUGUGCUAGCAGCUUUCGUAAUCAAUGAUUUCCACAAGUUGGAUGCUCAGCACCGCCAGCUUCUUCAGCACACUGCCUUUCGCUUGCCAAGCCUGUCUACUGGCGAGCUCCUGCCUUUGCGCCCAAGCAUCGCUUCACGGUUCCCAGUGGUCCUUGAAAUUUUUGCGGGUACAGCUCGUGUGACCGCAGCCUUGCGUCGCUGUGGCUUUGUCGGGGCCCAAGGUGUUGAUCACGUGGUCGUGGAUCAUGCUGCCUGUCCUGUGCUGUUGGCCGAUCUGACUACGCAAGAGGGCCAGCGUUUGACAAUGAUGUGGCUUUCCAGCCCUCAUGUUGUCGGUGUCUUCAUCGCUCCACCGUGUGGCACCAGCUCUCGCGCCCGGGAGAUUGCACUCCCUGGGCCUUCUCCCGCCCCGCUGCGAUCACUCACUUUUCCCGACGGGCUGCCCCAUCUGUCUGGUCUCAACCUGGUGCGCGUCAACAGGGUUAAUCAGCUGUACCACUUUACGACUACCAUCUGUGCUGAGGCCCAUCACCGCAACCUCAUCAUUGCCGUGGAAAAUCCGCGGAGUAGUCUCUACUGGUCCACCAGCUUCUGGGCUGCUGCGGCCUCCUUUUGUCCUAUGCAUACUGAUUUUCAACACUGUGCCUUUGGCGGUCGCCGGCCCAAGUGGACUCGCCUUUGCCACAACCACCAAGCCUUCCAUGCUUUGCAUCGCGUCUGUCCCGGCGGUGCCUGUGCUGCCCAACAUUUGCCGUGGGGUCGUUCUGAAGACGGCUCCUUUGCCACCGCCAGUGAAAGCGCUUACCCGCCGCAGCUAGCCACCGCCAUCGCUCAGUGCUUCGCUCGAGCAGUUACUUUUCUGCCUGAGGCCGAGCCCUCCCUUGCAGCCAUGAGGGCCACUUCCGGCCUUCAGCCCAAGGCUUCUGCUGUGCCGCCUCUUGUCCCCGAGCACAAAGCUGUGCUUGUGAUGACCGGCCCAAGUGAUGCCACUUCCUUGCCGACCCUUCGCGCCCGACUGCCCGAGCCGUGGUCUGACUCGCGCUUCGCGCCUGCUGGGCCCGUGCCAGCCCACAGUCAAUUACUCCGAGCGGAUAAUAAGGGAAGUGAUCGACUUGAAUUGGCUUGGGGCAUAUCUUGGUCUCCAGAAGAGUUCAUACAUAAAGCGGUUCAAGCGGGACAUCCCAAAAAGUUUGACUCGCUACUGCCUUCCGCACUGAGCCACAGCAUAGACGUAAAUGCAAAAACAACGCCGGCCGAUAGAGCCGGCCUCAGAGCCGAAUGGUUUGCAAAGUGGACCAAACGUGCAGCUGAACUUUCGGGGGACGAAAAGAAGCUCAAGAGCUCUCUCCCCGAGUACGCCAGGAAGAUCGUCCUACCAAAAAGGAUUUUAUUGUGGCGUGAGAUUCUAGAGGAUCUCAAAUAUCCUGACGUUGGAGUGCUGGACGAAAUGCUUGAAGGAGUGCACUUGACAGGUCAGACCCCUUGCACAGGGGUCUUUCCUGGGGCCUUUAAGCCAGCAAAAAGGACUUCGGAACAGCUGCGCUCCAAAGCUAGUGAGUCCCGCCAGAAGAUCAUCGAUGCGAUCAAAUCGCAGGGUCACCUGGAUGAAGCGCUAGAGCAAAAGGUCGACGAAGAAGUGGAACUCGGCUGGCUGUCCGAGCCGAUAGACCCGGCCGAUUUGCCGGAAGACGCCACAAUCAGCAGGAGGUUUGCGAUCGAGCAGUCAGGUAAGAUUCGCUUGAUAGACGACCUGAGUGAUAGUGGUGUUAAUGGGUCUGUCCAAACCACCGAGAGCCCCAAACCUCAAUCCCUCGAUGUGGUGGCCGCCAUGGCCUUGGCCUGUCUUAGACAGCUGCCUGGGACUCCCAUGCUAGGGAAGACGUUCGACUUAAAGAGCGCACACAGGCAAAUGUUUGUGUCUCCGGACGACCUCAAGGAAGCUUACAUUGCAUACUUCAGCCACCGCGAACGCAAAGUGAUCGCAAGGCAAAUGCUUGCGCUCCCAUUUGGGGCGACCAGAGCGGUGUUCUCGUAUUUGAGAGUGGCGCACUCUAUGUGGUACAUUGGGUGCUGGGCACUGAAGUUGAUUUGGUCACAUUUCUUCGACGACUUUCUGAGUCUUGCGACUCAGCUCGAGGCCAAAGCAGUUGACCUGGCAAUAUCAUCAUUGUUCAGGUUGCUAGGGUGGAAAGUCUCGGAGGACAAAGACAAGCCCUUUGCUGAGAGUUUUGCUGCGCUUGGGGUACGGGUUAGCUUUGAACGAUUUUUGCAAGGGGAAGUCCUGUUCCAUAAUACGGACAAGCGCAUCUUGGAGGUUUCGGCCACGCUGCGCCAUGCAGCUGAUGAUCCAGCUCUCACCCAGAAGGACCUGUCGCGCAUUCGGGGUCGCAUGGUCUUCGCAGGGGGCCAGCUCUUCGGAAGAGCCGGCCGGCUAUGCGUGGCCGCCCUAGCUGGUGAAGGUUGCUCGACCAAGGCAAACCUUAGCAACGACGCAAAGCAAGCCAUGCUUCAGUUUGCCGACCUGCUUGAAGCCAAUUGGCCACGCGUGCUGAGAGAUGUGUCGGCAGAUCCAGUGUAUAUCUUCACUGAUGCCUCGUAUUCCGAGGUGAGUGGAGGUACUUUCUGCGGCAUAGGCGGAGUCUGCUUUGACCACAAAGGUCAUCCCCUUGGAUUUUUCUCUGAAGAAUUGUCCUGUUUCCAGAAGCGUCUACUAGGAGAGGGCAGGUCCAAGACCAUCAUCUUCGAGGCGGAACUUGCAACAAUCGUGAUCGCUUAUGUCUUAUGGAAAGAUUGGCUUAGGGGAAAACCUGCUGUGAUUUUUGUGGACAAUAACUCCGCUAGAGACGUGUCAAUCAGUGGCACAUCACGGAAUGAUGUAGGCAAAUCGCUUGCAUCACUUCUUUUAACAGUGGAAUCCUUAGCCAAAACUUUUUCGUGGUUCGCUCGUGUUCCGUCACCAGCGAACAUCGCAGACACGCCUUCGCGUGAAGUGCUGAAAAGCUUCACCGUGUCAGGCUGCCCCGUCCCUCACUUCCCGUGCGAGGACAUCGUGUCCGAAGUCUUGGGCAUCUUAGUCGAGUAA